AUGGAUUCACCGAGUAAACCGAGUACGAGCCGUGAAAAUACGCGUAGAAGAAAAUAUACAAGUUGGACAAUCCAAAAAAAAUUGGAAGCGCUGGAAAUGAUGGAUGCAGGUGUUCCCACAGGUGAAAUAGCGUUGGAAUAUAGGGUCAACGACACCACAGUGAGGAGAUGGGCUUAUGAAAGGAAGAAAUUGAAAUCGCACUGUGAUUUAUCCAGGGCGAAGCGUAUUCGUGUGUCACCCGUCGAAGAAGUGAAUGCAGCACUAACUACUUGGUAUCAUGCAGAACGAAGAAAAAACAAUGCAGUUACUGUUACACAACUAAAAGUGAAAGCACAACAAUUUUUCAAAACAUUCGGUGGGACGGAAACAUUUGCGGCAAGUGACGGAUGGCUCCAAAAUUGGAAACGAAAAAACGGCAUACGUUUUCUAACACCUACAAAGGAUCAAUUGACUGCGGAUACAGAAACAGUGACCGAAUUCAAGGAGGAAAUACUACAGUACAUAGAAGCUGAAGAACUAAGCUUGAGCCAAAUAUUUAAUGUGGGUGAGACAGGACUGUUUUAUAAAAUGUUGCCAAAGAAAGCAUUAACUACAGGAAGUAGAAACAUACAGGAUCGAUUAACAGUAAUGAUGUGCUGUAAUGCGGACGGAUCCUUUCAGCUACCGUUAUUAUUAAUUGGAAAGUCGAAAAAACCACGAGCAUUGAAGAAUCUAGCGACACACUUAUUGCCCGCAAAAUAUACACACGAAACAAAUACUUGGAUGAGCGCCGCCAUAUUUGAAAGUUGGUUCAAAGGAGAUUUCGUACCCGAAGUGGUGAACUUUUUAAAAUCGAAAAACCUACCGCAAAAAGCGAUUUUAUUAUUAGAAAAUGUUUCAUCGCAUCCAUUGAUAAGUGAGUUAAAGGUAGGUGAAAUUAGAGCGAUAUUUUUCCCGCCAAAUGUAACUUCGCUCAUUCAGCCGCUGGAUCAGGGGAUCAUUGAGGAUAUGAAGAAUCGAUACAUAACAAAUUUAUUAACUUAUAUAAUAAAUGCCCAAGAGGAUGGUUUGAAUUAUAUUGAAGCAAUGGAUUCAUUCUCACUUAAAAAUGCGAUAGAAUUAAUUAGUGACGCUUGGGAUCAAAUUACUCAUCAGAGAAUUUCCAAUUGUUGGAAUAAAUUAUUAAACGUGCCAAUCAAGGAAGACAAUUCGGAUGAUAUCAGGAACAAGUAA